AUGGCUGCGGCAAACUGGUCAACGGAAUGGCCACUCAAGGUCCCUCUUCUCUUCUGUGCCCUUGUCCUAGUCCUCUCCUUUGCCCAUUGCCAUGGCGUAAAGCCCUCGGUUAUGUUCAGCAGACAUAACUUUCCACCCGGUUUUACUUUUGGAGCAGCCUCAUCAGCCUACCAGUAUGAAGGAGCAGCACAUCUUAGAGGCAAGAGUAUCUGGGACACCUUCACUGCAAAAUAUCCAGAAAAGAUCUCGGACCAGUCAACAGGAGAUGUAGCCAUUGAUUUUUAUCAUAAAUAUAAGGAGGACAUUCAACUACUGAAGUUCUUGGGUAUGGAUGCCCUUAGAUUCUCCAUCUCCUGGACUAGAGUACUACCAACUGGAAGAGUUAGCGGGGGAGUGAGCAAGGACGGUGUCCAAUUUUACAACAACGUCAUCAAUGAGCUCUUAGCGAAUGGGUUGAAGCCCUUUGUGACUUUAUUCCAUUGGGAUCUCCCGCAAGCAUGUUGAUAAGUUCAAGUCUACCCCAAAACUUAUGGGGACAAGCAAUUCUUUCUGCAAACUACAUUCUUAACAAGAUGCCACACAAGAAUAAGGAUGUAACUUCAUAUGCGUUAUGGAAGGGUCACAAACCCUCUUACAAAUGUUUGAAAGUGUGAGGGUGUUUGGCUAAAAUAGGAGUGCCAAAACCUAAACAAGUUAAG